GCAGGCGCAGAAGGGGGAAAGGAGGGGAAAAAAAGAGAAGAGGCCCCGUUUCCCUUCCCUACGGCGCCCCCCCCCCUUUCACGGUUCUGGGUUCAGGGUGAGCCGUCGAGCGAAGGGCCCGCGCGCCGCCCCGAGACUUGAGCGGUGGGGUGGGGGUGUGGGAAGGAGGAAAAGCCCGGGAAGGAAAGGGAUUAAAAAAAAACACCCCCUCAGGAGGAGGAAAAAAAAAAGGGACAGACAAGCGGAGAAGAGCGGAGGGGGCCCGGCAUUGUGGGGUCAUUUUUGCCCCCCUCAGGAGGACCUCUUUCUUCCUCACCCCCCCCUUUGUGUUUGUUUGUGUGUGUGUGUGUGGUUUUGUGUGUGGAAAACACGACGCCGAAGCAACGGCAAAAAUGGCUCAAGCAGCUAUGGCAGCAGCAACAGCAGCAUCUGGCCAUGAGGAGGAUUCCUCUGAAAGCAGAAUGGUUGUUACAUUCCUCAUGUCAGCCUUGGAAUCAAUGUGCAAAGAGCUUGCCAAGUCGAAGGCAGAAGUUGCCUGCAUUGCUGUGUAUGAAACAGAUGUUUAUGUGGUUGGGACUGAGAGAGGAAGAGCCUUCGUCAGUACCAGAAAAGAUUUUCAGAAGGAUUUUGUGAAGUAUUGUGUUAAUGAAGAGGCAAAAGCUGUAGAACUACAGAAAACAAAGUCAACAUCGCUUGAUAAUAGAAUGACGGUGGAUAUUGUAGAGAUGGAAGCCCUCAGGAAAUCAGUGGAGGAUUACUUCUGCAUCUGCUAUGGUAAAGCUUUGGGGAAGUCCACUGUUGUACCUGUACCAUAUGAUAAAAUACAGAGGGACCCAUCUGCUGUGGUGGUACAUGGUCUCCCAGAAGGACUUGCCUUUAAACACCCCUCCAACUAUGAUGUCACAACACUAAAGUGGAUCCUGGAGAACAAAUCUGGGAUCUCAUUCAUCAUCAAGAGGCCAUUCCUUGAGCCGAAAAAACAUUUAGGGCCUCGCAUAGUGGACUCCUCACAUACCGUAAUCUCCUCAGGCGGAAGUUGCCCUCCCAUACAGGUGAAGACAGAACCCAGUGAAGAUUCUGGUUUGGAGAUGGUCACUGUCAAAGAAGAAUCAGAGGAUCCUGAAUAUUACCAGUUUAACAUUCCAGCAGGUCCUUCAGAAACUUCGGCGAUUGAUGAGAAAAUCGCCCUGGCAAAGUCUUACACAGGGAGCAACCAGGGUUCCGAUUGCAGUGAAGGAACAGAUGUGGAAUUGCCGAUAGAAGAUUCUUCUCAACAUGCCACUUCUGAAACAAGUGAGGAUCCUGAAGUGGAAGUGACCAUUGAAGAUGACGACGACUAUUUACCACCUCAUAAGAAAACGAAGAACAUAGAACCAGUCAAUGAUGCUGCCAACGUGGGAAGAAGAAAAGCUAGAGAGUUCAAUUUUGAGAAAUGGAAUGCCCGCAUUACAGACUUGAGAAAGCAAGUUGAAGAGUUAUUUGAAAGGAAAUAUGCUGAAGCAAUUAAUGCAAAAGGCCCCGUGUCGAUCCCAUACCCACUCUUCCAGUCUCAUGUUGAAGAUUUGUAUGUGGAAGGACUACCAGAAGGGAUCCCCUUCCGGCGACCCUCCACUUAUGGGAUCCCUCGCCUCGAAAGGAUUCUGCUGGCAAAGGAACGGAUACGAUUUGUCAUUAAGAAGCACGAACUACUAAACUCAACACGAGAAGACCUGCCAUUAGACAAACCUGUUGCGGGAGUGAAAGAAGAGUGGUAUGCCCGAAUCACCAAAUUAAGGAAGAUGGUUGAUCAGUUAUUCUGCAAAAAGUUUGCUGAGGCCUUGGGGAGCUCUGAACCCAAGGCUGUACCUUACCAGAAAUUUGAAGCGCACCCCACUGAUCUUUAUGUGGAGGGUCUGCCAGAAAACAUCCCGUUUCGAAGCCCGUCAUGGUAUGGAAUUCCUCGGCUGGAGAAGAUUCUUCAAGUGGGCAACAGAAUAAAAUUUGUGAUAAAAAAGCCAGAUUUACUAACAGUCACUCCCGCUGAAGUUAGCCAGCCGAGGACAAAUAUGCCUGUCAAAGAAGACUGGAAUGUCAGAAUCACAAAACUGAGGAAGCAAGUAGAAGAGAUAUUUAAUCUGAAAUUUGGACAAGCCUUGGGUCUGAAUGAGGCUGUGAAGGUUCCUUACCCUGUCUUUGAGUCAAACCCCGAACAUCUAUAUGUGGAAGGUUUGCCUGAAGGCAUCCCUUUUCGAAGCCCAACCUGGUUUGGAAUCCCACGCCUAGAAAGGAUUGUCCGAGGGAGCGGGAAGAUCAGGUUUAUUGUGAAGAAGCCAGAACUUGUCACUGCCUUUUUGCCUCCCGGAUUGGCUAGUAAAGUAAACACUUCAGGAUCCCAGAGUCCGGAAGGUUCAAAACCAGCACAGAGCCAUGGAAGCAACUCAGAAGUUCCAGAGAUUGAAGUUACCGUUGACGAAGGUCCUGCUAAUAAGACCCCAACCCCAGAAGUCAGAACUAAUCCUCAAACCAAUGGAUCCAAUGUGGGCUUUAAGCCAAGAGGAAGAGAGUUUUCUUUUGAGGCGUGGAAUGCCAAGAUCACGGACCUGAAACAAAAAGUUGAAAACCUUUUUAAUGAGAAAUGCGGGGAAGCGCUAGGACUGUCAGAACCAGUGAAAGUCCCCUUUGCUCUCUUUGAGUCUUAUCCUGAAGAUUUCUACGUCGAAGGCCUGCCUGAGGGAGUGCCUUUCCGUCGCCCGUCUACGUUUGGCAUUCCACGAUUGGAAAAGAUCCUCCGAAACAAAGCUAAGAUAAAAUUUAUCAUUAAAAAGCCUGAGAUGUUUGAAGCAGCAGUUAAAGAAAGCACCACAGUGAUUCCAACCCCUUCAAGAAGAACCAGUUUAUCUAACACCAUGACAAAUACUGUAAGUGUGCCUGACCCAGUUGUGAACACUGCUGCUGGAGUAGAAGACCUCAACAUCAUUCAAGUGACCAUACCAGAUGAUGAUGAGAGAACCUCCAAAGUAGAGAAGGCCCGACAGCUGAGAGAGCAAGUGAAUGACCUCUUCAGUCGCAAGUUCGGGGAAGCCAUUGGCAUGGGUUACCCUGUAAAGGUCCCAUACCGAAAAAUCACGGUCAACCCCGGCUGCGUGGUGGUGGAUGGGAUGCCUCCUGGCGUAUCUUUCAAAGCUCCCAGCUAUCUGGAAAUCAGUUCCAUGAGGAAGAUUUUGGAUUCAGCAGAGUUUAUUAAAUUUACCGUCAUUAGACCAUUCCCUGGACUUGUGAUGAACAACCAAAUUCCUGAUAAAACAGAACCAGAAGCACCACCACCAGCACCAGCAGCUGUGCCUGUCCCUGAGCCAGUGGUACAAGAUCCAGUGGAACCAGACCAAAUAGUUCAAGUAUCUGUGGCGGAAGAUUCGGCACAGACUGAAGAAAACACUCAGAUAAAGCAAGAGCCAGAUCCAACGUGGUAGACCUUGCUGGCAUUUGGGUAAAAGGCUAGUCAUAAAGGAAAAUGGAGCAGUGGGUGGUAUUCAGAUGCUUUUGUAGACAGAUGACCUUAAAUCUCACGGCUGAUGCAGAAUUUGUGACCCAACUUUCCAUUUAUCUUGGCCUGUAACUAUGUAGAUGACUCAACUUGGCAGGUAUCCCCUGCUGUGGUCUUCAAGUUGCACGCAUUUAUGCCCCUGGGCCCAGUUUGCUUAAUUUUAGCCCAGCUGAACCUUUAGAGAAGCAAAACAACCAAGUUAAAAAAUGAGUGAAUCAUGUGCGGCAUAAGAGAUAUCAUGUAGUAAUUAUUUUUGUAGGACUUUUAGCUGCAGUUGAUUUUACUUCAACCUCUGCCAUUUUUCUUUUUCUUUUCUUUUUCUUUCUCCUCCCACCCAUCCCUCCUUAUCCUCUAGUCAAAAGCAUCCAAGAUUGCGAAGAGUUUACUGGGACGGCCGUGGGUUGUGUAAUAAAGCUAUAAAAGAAGUACCUUCUGUCCAUUUCCCCCCUCUUUGCCCCUUCUCUUUUAUUUUAUUCUGUUUAUUUUGUACUUAUUAGAUAGAAAGGCCAGUCUGUUCCGAAGUCCUGGGAAUUGGCAUGAAAGAGUAAAAUGCCGUUGCGAUGGCUGAUCAGAUUUGAAAGGCCUAAUUGGAGAAUGAAAUGUUGGAGACGAGACGGAUGAUUGUUAGGUGGUGUUUUGUUUUGUUUUUUUUUUUUGUUUGUUUUUGUUUUUGUUUUUUUUAAUUCACUAAAAUCGGCAAAAAGACUUGCAAAAUAAAACAGCCCCAUGGUCAGUCUUGGCCUUUAUUGAUAAAGGAAGAUGUCUCUGCUUUUAGUUCAGGGUUUUUUUUUCUCCCAAGGGGGAGGUUGGGGGGGGGAUUAGGGCUGGAAGCUGAAAUUUGUCCACUGAAUUUUUUUUCUUUCUCCUUUAAUGGCUAAUUGGAUUAUAGUAUCUGUAUAUUUGAAAUAAUUUUUUUCCUAUGAUAUAUCUCUCAACUCAUAUGUUUUUAAUAAAUAAAUAAAAACUGGUUUUCCUGACACCUGGAGCCUGCCAUCAUGAG